UUAAUAACUAAACAAUAGUUCUCAGUGAAAAUUCGCUUUGGAAAGUUGGAUUUGUUUCACCAGUUCGUUCACGAACUGCUUCUUUUACCUGGUAGCCAGUUAGGUAACUGACAAUGAUGUUUGAAUUUCGGGUUUAAGUGUGCUUGAAGUGUGUACUGGUUAGUCAUACAAAUAGAUGUAGUUGACAGUAAAUAGUUACUUUGGUUUAAAAUUAUCCAAUUUGUUGAACUGUUCCUUUUACCUAUUGUUUGAUAUACAAGGAUUUCUGCUUUCUCCAAAUUAUGUUUAAUCUGAUUAUAAAAUAUUUAAUAUAUUAAAAUGGAAAAUUUGAGUACUCCUAUUGCUGAUAAAAAAUUACUGACUCUCAAUGGAAAUAAGACAAAGUACUACAAUGAGGAUGAGCAGAUUAGUUUUAGAAAUAAUCUAACAGGAUCUGCUUCUCCGUUUUUGGUUAACAUUUCUCCUAUAAAUCAUAAUAGUAACACAUCAAAGGAGGUAACAUCUGAUCAUGAAAGUAACGAGCCAGGCACCAUUGUUCAUAAUGACCCUCUUCAGGAUGAUGAAACUUCAUUUGAUUGUAACAAUUCAACCAACUCUGGAGAGUUAGUUAUAGAUGAUAAUAGUAACAUAUCAAAGGAGUUAACAUCUGAUCAUGAAAGUAACGAGCCAGGCACCAAUGUUCAUAAUGACCCUCUUCAGGAUGAUGAAACUUCAUUUGAUUGUAACAAUUCAACCAACUCUGGAGAGUUAGUUAUAGAUGAUAAUAGUAACAUAUCAAAGGAGGUAACAUCUGAUCAUGAAAGUAAUGAGCCAGACACCAAUGUUUAUAAUGACUCUGUUCAGGAUGUUGGAACUUCGAUUGAUUGUAACAAUUCAAUCAACUCUGAAGAGUUAGAUGGUGAUAUAAACAAAACAAGGGAGGUAAUGUCUGAACAUGAAAAUAAUGAGCAAGACACCUUAGCUUAUAAUGACGCCCUUCAUGAUGAUCAGGCUUCAUUUGAAUAUGGUAAUAUGAACAAAUCAAGGAACAUGAUGUUAGAUCAUGAAAGUGCUGAACCAGACAGUGUUAGUAAUGACUCUACCAGCUCUGAAGAAUUAGAUCUUGCUUCAACAUCUAAUUGUUCUGCUGAGGGUGAUUAUUCAUUUUCUCAAGAAGUUGAUAUUGAAAGUGUAAAGGAUACAAUGAUGGAAAUGUCACAGGCUGUUCAUAAAUAUAUAAAUAAAAUAAAGCAAUUAGAUAUUUUUGUUGAAUGGGAAUUACCAAAUACAUUGAUAGCUUUGAAAGGACUUCGUAAAUCUGAAGGUGGUUUAAAGGGUCCACUUGAACCUGAGGAAGUCUCUUUUAUAAAAAAAAGAUUAAGGCAGUUUUGUGAGGAAUAUAAUAUUAACUAUGGUGCAAUUCGAGCCUGCUUAGCUGAUAAAGUAUCUAAGUUCCAGUUCCCUAAUGAACUAAGAUUAAAGUUCAUUCAAUAUCUGUGUAAAGAUUAUGUAAAUGAUCGAAAUCCAAUGUCAAUUUUUAAAGCUAUAUCCAAGUUGGGGAUUAGGAAAGGAAGGUUUAGUGAAGAAGAAGAAAACUUUUUAAUUGAGAUGUAUCAUAACUACAGAGGAUCCUAUUUACAUUCAGUUUGUGGUUUAAUGCUAAAUCGUCAUAGAAACCAAAUUUUUAAAAAAUUUGAGAGGUUGAAGAAGAAAGGUUUUCUUGGUUUAAGACCAUCUUCAAAUAAUGUAAAAACUGAUCGUUUGAAACUGCGGAACUUGAUUUUGAAUGAUAUGUUGAACAGACGAAAUUAUAAUGUUGAACGUUUAAAAUACCGUUUAAAUACCCGCUCCUGGAGUUCAAUUGGAAGGGAACAUAAUGUGUCACCUGCAUUAGCGAAGGCUAUUUAUAUUUGUGAAAUUUUCCCUCAAAUAUAUGCUGUACAUCCUGUGAAAUUCGAUAGGUUCUUCACAAAGAUGCUGUAUAGGAUUAAACGUUCUGAUUGGGCAACCUGGGAAGAAGUAAAAUGGAAGGAACUCUCGUCUCUGCUUUAUGAUGUGGGACCAGUAUUUGUUUAUGUCAUGUUAAGAAAGAUAAUCAUGCAUUGUGUGCCUAAAGAAAAGUGGAUCAGUUUCAGAGAGUGUGCUGAAUAUUUACAUCAACAUGUCCUGCCUUAUUUUGAAAAUGGACCCAAAAAAAAAAUGUUAAAUAAGAUUUUGGUUAAACGAGAUGAAAAGGGUGAUUAAAGCUUUGAUUUUUCCCACCAGUGUUAUUAAAUAAGAUUAAUAUGUAUAUUUUGUAAAAUAAUAAUAUCCACAGUUUAAACAUAUUGGUAAAUAAAUGUUUUUAUAUCCCAAUGUAAUUUUCCCUUUUUUAGUUAUAGCUAACUAUAAAUUAAAAACAACUUCUAGUGAGACUUGAUUAUUGAAAGACUAAAUAUUUUUCAAGUUGAAUUUGUUUUUUCAAAACAAUUUUGUUAAUCUACUAUAAAUAUUAAAUAGUAUACUUUAAAUAAUGUUGCAUAUUAUAUUACUAAAUGAUUAAAGAAUCAACAUUAAGCCAAACUAUCAGUAAGCACGAUGUGACGAAUGGCAAUGGCCUGAGAAUGAUUAAUUUUACUGCUUCUCGAGGGCUGGUAGUAGGUAGCACUCUGUUCCCUCAUAAGAGGAUACAUACAUAUGGCUACUUAGAGCUCAAAUGAUGGUUUUACUACCAAUCAAAUAGACCAAAUUCUGAUGAGUGCAAGAUUUAUUUCUAGCUUGAUGAAUGCUAAGGUCCAAAAAGAGGCUAAUAUUGGCUCAGACAUCACCUUUUGAUAUCAAGAAUAAGGACCAGAAUUUCCAUAGCCCGUAGGCAAUGAAAUAGACCACCAGUAAAGUAUGCAAUUCAAAAACUUACAGAUCCUGAAAUUAGGGAUAAGUUUGCCAAUCAUAAGGACAAAAGAAUGCGACACAAUUAUCAGACUGAGGACAUAAGGAAAUAUUUGGACUCUAAGAAAGGAGAAGAGAUAAACCUUGGUUUGACCAAGAAUGUCAAACAGCAGCUUCAAAAAAUGCAGCAUACCACCUCAUGCUUCAGACGUACCCACCAUUCAGUAGAGCAGUACAGGACUAAGAGGUCCGAAAAGAACC